CUCCCGGCCCGGCGCGCAGUGCGGCUGCGCUGGCGUCUGGGGCUCAGAGGCCCAAGCGCCGCAGCUCUUUUGUUUCCCGGCCGGGGUCGGAGCCCGAGUUGGAGUCUUAGUCCGAGCCCGAGUUGGAGCCGGGGCCUCGGCCGGAGUCGGGUUUGGACUCGGAUUCGUAUCCGCAGCGCCGCGGCGAGCCCUCAGAAGGAGCGCUCUCCCGGCCUCGUCGGCCCGCGGGGCUGGGACCCGGCCCCGGCCUGCCCGAUGGGGCGCGCGGCCCCGGCGAUGCGCCCGCGCCCGGCCCCGCGCGCCCGGCCCCGCGCCCCCGGCCCGCGGGCCCCGGCCCGAGCCUCCGCCUGAGUCCCGCGCGCCCGGGCCCGCGCCCCCGGCCCGCGCGCGCCAUGGAGCCCGGCCGCGGCGGCAUCGAGACCGUGGGCAAGUUCGAGUUCUCCCGCAAGGACCUGAUCGGCCACGGCGCCUUCGCGGUGGUGUUCAAGGGCCGCCACCGGGAGAAGCAUGACCUAGAGGUCGCAGUCAAGUGCAUUAACAAGAAGAACCUAGCCAAGUCCCAGACGCUGUUGGGGAAGGAGAUUAAAAUCCUAAAGGAACUGAAACACGAAAACAUUGUGGCAUUAUAUGACUUCCAGGAAAUGGCCAACUCUGUCUACCUGGUCAUGGAGUACUGUAACGGCGGGACCUGGCUGACUACCUCACAGCUGAGCCCGCCUCUCCCCGCAGCCAUGCGGACGCUGAGCGAGGACACCAUCCGGCUGUUCCUGCAGCAGAUCGCCGGCGCCAUGCGCUGCUGCACAGCAAAGGCAUCAUCCACCGCGACCUGA